UUGAUACCAAGUUCAUUUUUAUUUUCUAGAUUCACCUGGUGAGUUUGUGGACGGUUUUAACAAAGAUAUGACAGUUAGGAAAAGGCAGUACUACAAAAUAACUAGAGACAACAUCUCCGAAUGCAGAUUCAUAGCUCAUUUUCUGCUUGAUCAUCGCACAGUGGAAGAAAUUUAUCGUGAUCAAGAUGAAGUUAAUGAACGUUUGCAUGAAGUUUUACUUGCUUGGGAAAAGGAAACUAAAGAAACGUUAAGGACGUGGGAGAAUUUAAAUGGAGUGUUACAAAUGUUGCAAAACCCUGUUAGUAGUGGACACGUGUCAGGUACUCAGGACGCCCAACCAAGAUAUCAUCUUUGUUAUAAUGCAUCUCACAAUGUUGUUGCAAGAGUUAAUUUUGAUACAAAAGUUACUGAAGUAAGAAUUUCGAAGAAUCACACAUGUCAGGCAACGCAAGAGCUGAAAAGAAACAAAGAUUACCAUGAAUUUAUUUCAUCUCCGUACAGGUAUUUCAUUUUUGAAGAUGGAGUAUUAAGUGAAGAUAAUCAUAUCUCCUUUAAUUGGAGUAACAAAGAAGGAAUUAACUUGCAGUUUGUGACGCAAGGUAAGUUAUUGUGCCAUUUCGUAUGA